CGCCUCGACUCGAAUCGCUCUUUCUCUCUCUCUCCGCCGCCGCCGCCGCCGCCGCCGCCAUGGGCGACUACGGCAGCGGGAUGAUGCGGGGGAACCCGGACGGCGGGAUGCAGUCGCGCUCCAACAAGGGCCAGCGCGUCAACGUGCAGCAGCUCAAGCUGAUGGGGCAGGGCCACCCGACGGGCCUCACGCCCAACCUCCUCAAGCUCUUCGAGCCGCGCCCGCCGCUCGAGUACAAGCCGCCCGUCGAGAAGCGCAAGUUGCCUGCCUACACUGGUAUGGCACAAUUUGUGUCGCAGUUUGCUGAGUCUGGUGACCCUGAGUACGCACCGCCUGUGCCCACAUGCGAGACCAAGGCUGAAAAGAAGGAUAGGAUUCGCAACAGUAAGCUUGAGCAAGGUGCAGCAAAGGUUGCUGAAGAGCUUCAGAAAUAUGACCCACAGAGUGACCCCAAUGCCACUGGAGAUCCAUACAAAACACUCUUUGUUGCAAGACUCAAUUAUGAGACGUCUGAGCACAGAGUCAAGCGGGAGUUUGAAGCUUAUGGGCCUAUUAAAAGGGUACGGCUUGUGACCGACAAGGAAACAAAUAAACCUAGAGGAUAUGCGUUCAUCGAGUAUAUGCACACCCGGGACAUGAAAAAUGCUUACAAGCAAGCAGAUGGGAGGAAAGUGGACAACAGAAGGGUGCUGGUUGAUGUGGAGCGUGGUAGAACUGUUCCAAAUUGGCGUCCUAGGAGAUUGGGUGGUGGGCUUGGAUCAAGCAGAAUUGGUGGUCAAAAUGCUGAACAGAAGCUCUCCGCUAGGGAGCAGCCGCAUGCUGGACGCCCAAGAUCGGAGGAGCCUAGAAGGGAUGAUCGCCAUGCAGAUAGGGACCGGGAGAAGUCUCGUGAAAGGCCACGGGAAAGAGAACGUGAUGAAAAAACCCGCGAAACCCGUGAACGCUCCCAUGACCGUACUCGGGAGCGUGAUUCAAGAGAAGAUAGACACCACCAUAGGGAUCGGGACAGGACUCGGGACAGGGAACGAGGAAAGGACCGGGAAAGAGAUCAUGGCCGUGACCGUGAGCGUGAUCGUGAUCGUCGUGAUAGAGAUAGGGACAGGGAUCGUGGUCGGGAUUAUGAGAGAGAGCGUGAGCGUGGUCAUGAUCGCCAUCGUGAGAGAGGCAGGGACCGCGAGAGGGAUUAUGAGCAUGCAAGUCACGAACGGGACCGUGGUCACUUGCAUGAGAGAGACGCUGAUUAUGCCAAUGGUGAGCCAAAACAUGACAGAAAUUUAGCUGGUUAUGAUCAAGAAUAUGCCUAUAACUAUGAGCAACACAAAAGCCAUGAUGCUUAUGAGACCGAGCGUUCAAAGCGACAUGAGCAUGAGUACUAUCAGAUGCAACCUAACAACACAGAACCUGAAGGCCCUGAAGAGGGUGAGGCAUAUGAGGAAGGUGACUACCAGUAUCACCAAGCUGAUGAGCACAAUAACUGAAAUUUGUUCGCUGCACUGCUUUAACGGUUCUCGGUGCUCCUCAUUGUUGGCCAAAAAGGCAGAAGGAUGUUUACUUGUGGUUGUCUGGCGCUUCAGCCAUGCGGCUUUGCAAGACUGGAUUUGUAAUACUGGUGUUACUAUUUGUUGUUCCUUUUUUUUCUCUGGGAUUAAGAUAUUUCAGUUUUCGCACACCCCUGCACCUGUAUUGUAUGACAGACGCUAGAAUUUGUUUCAGAUUCAUCCUUUUGCUUCAGUACUCCGUCCGUUCAGGAAGGUUUUGUAAUUCAAGUACAUGGAGUCCAGUUAUUUCGUAUGGAAUUCCAAUAUUGACAUAUCCUUUUUGU